CAAAUAUGGACUUCACAAAUCACAUUUUUGAACAUGAAAACUUAUCAGAUGAACUCCUUAGUGAAGGCGUGGCUUCUUCUGAAGUUAGAGGAUCAGACAAGAUCCUUAAUAAUAUGAAAAAAAAGUCUUUUACUCCUGACAAAAAUAAUCUUCAAGAGAAAUUUGAGUUUAUGCCUUGAAAGACUCCCAAAAUUUUCUUAAAGGAAAACUUUGACCAAAGUGAAGGAACAUUUAGCAAGAGGACUAGAACGAAGUCUUACUAUAAGGCUGAGAAGUCUUUUGAAUAUCUCAAAAAGAGUCCUGCCAAGUUAUUGAAUGAAAGACCAAAUGGGAGACAAAGCUUGAAAUCUGAUAUUAGUAGUCUGCUAAGGCAGGCUGCUUGGCUACGAAAUAAAUCUGAAAAAUCUCUACAAAGUCCCAAGAUUAGUCAAAAAGAACCCUCCUUGGAAGCUGGGGAUGGAUAUUUUGUCACAAUGAAUGAUGUUGGGACUACCUAAACUCAG